CGACAUCUCGCUUUCACUUUCGUCGUAACAAUGAAUCUAUUACUAAAUUAAUAAUAUUAAUGAUUAGAUUUCAUAAUAUAUAUUUCUAAAUAGAAUAUAUAAAAAUAAGCUGCAAAGAUUCGAACCUUUUUAGCAGCUGUAGUCUCUCAUUUAUCGUCUUUGUCCUCCGUCAUUCAAAGAUGUGUGGGCGAAAUAUGUUGCUAAUCUGUUUGUUAUUGUUCCUCAAGUCCGUGGAAUCAGCUACAAAUGAAUAUGGAGUACUUGCUGCUGAAUCAUCAUCAGAAAAAGAAAAUUUUUGCAUUAUUUAUUUUAAGGAGUUUGCUCCACUGCCUCAGGAGAAAUCUGAAGCUAAAUUUCACUUUUGGGAGGACACCAGUAAUGUAGAUUGGUGUGAAGACCAUCCAGAAAUUGAUUCCAAAAGUAAAAUUCUUUUACUCAACAAAAAUAAUUGUAGUAUAUCAGAUCAAGCUCGUAAUGUACAAGAUCGAGGAGGGGAAGGUAUUCUUUUCAUCACAGAACGUGGACGAGUGGGUCAUUACCAAACUAAUGAUACAGCUGCACAAAUGAUCAACAUUUCUGUUGGAUUGAUAUCUGAGAACUCUGUUGACCGCUUAAAGAAAAUGGAUAAUACUGUUACUGUUCGGUUAUUUGCCCCGUUGAGUAUGAAUUUUGACUUCAGUCUCCUUGUGAUAUGGGUUAUAGCCUUAAUUACUGUAACAAUUGGUGCUUACUGGUCUGGUCAUAUACGUUUUGCUAUCUACUGUAAAGAAAUGAGUUUACUUCCUGGUGGAGCUGACAGGGAAUUACCAAAUAAACCCUGUGUAAAAGCAAACACUGCAGAAGAUAGUGUGAUUAAUGUCAGUCCCUAUUAUGUUGGUGCUUUUGUCUUAUGCAUGGGGACGAUGCUGGUCUUGUUGUACUUCUUCUUUGAUUAUUUGGUAUACUUCAUAAUAGGUCUAUUCGUUUUGGCUAGCGUUUUAUCUGUGCAUAGCUGCUUAGAGCCUCUCUUUUUGAAAAUUCCAGCUACUAUUUGCAGACCUACAGAUUUCAGGAUCAGAAGCAGCACCUAUCAUAUUGAUUUUCGCCAGAUUUUACUUAUUUGUUUAUCUAUUGCAAUUUCUGUAUAUUGGUUGCUGAUACGUAAAGACAGAGGUGCUUGGAUUCUGCAAGAUAUUCUAGGAGUUGCAUUUUGUAUACACAUGCUGAAGAAUAUCAGGCUUCCUAGUUUGAAAAUAUGUACUGUGCUUCUGGUUCUACUCUUCUUCUAUGAUAUCUUUUUUGUGUUUGUCACCCCAUUCAUGACUGUGAGAGGAGAAAGUGUCAUGGAAGAAGUUGCAACUGGUGGAAAAUCUCAAGAAUCGCUUCCUAUGGUUCUAAGAGUUGCUCACUUUGGUUUUGAUCCAUUAGCUAUAUGCUAUCAGCAGUUUUCAAUGUUAGGCUUUGGUGAUAUAUUGGUUCCAGGAUUGUUGAUAUCUUAUUGUCAUGGAUUUGACCUGAUCACAAAUAAGAAAAGUCUUUACUUUCCUAUAACUGUUGCAGCUUAUGGCAUUGGCUUAUUGAUUACAUUUGUUGGAUUAUUCUUGAUGAAUACAGCCCAACCAGCUCUCUUGUACUUAGUUCCCAGUACUCUUUUGCCUCCUUUCAUAUUGGGAUGGUGCAGAAAAGAACUUUCUCUUUUAUGGAGCGGUUUUAAGGUUGUGCGUCCAAGGUCUAGACAUCCUACUGUUCAAGUAGCAUCAAAUGCUUCACAAGCUGCAGUUCCUGAGCAAGUUGUACCAUCCUCUGAGAACACAUUUCUGGAUAAGGAUGGCAUUAACCCAGCAGGAACUACAAGUGAAAUCGCUGGUGACAGAAAUUAUUUAUUGCGGUAACACUGUUACCAUGCAUGUCAAGUUGUUGUUUUGUGUAAUCAAAAUUGUGAAACUUUUAAACUUCACUUAAAAUUUGUAUUGUCUUUCAUCGUGUUAAAGAACAUGUAUUCCAUCAUUGUUCCUUAUUGCUUUUUUUUAAAAGAAGAAUUUCAAAUGAGCUUUUACUCUUUGUCAAAGCUUAUUAAAAGUCAUAAUGUUUUAAACCUUUUUUUUUUUUUUUUAGGUUUUUGUUUUUAAAUGGUUUGAAGUGUUUUCAAGAGUCUUAUUUUAACAGUAUUUGUAAUUAAAGAACAUUUUAUUUACAUAAUUCAGUUGAAACAUUUUUACAAUGCCAACUAUGUAGUCGUAGCUUUUUUUCUUUUUUAAUAUAAAACUGUAAAUAAUCAAAUGUUCUCAUUUGUCUUUGUUGAAGCUUUGUUCUUUUCAAAAUGAGUAUUUAAUGGCUCCAGUUUUUAAGUGGUUCACUGCAACAUGAAGCUAAUGUAGUUGAAGUACAUUAGCUUCAUACAUAAAAUGCACUGCCAGCUCAGUUAUUCCAUUCGAGGGCUGCAGUUUUGUGCUUUUUAGAACUCAUCAGCCUGGAAUAGACAGUAACUGAGCUAGAGGCGAAAAACCUCUUAAAGGAGCCAAGAGAGCCAAACAAACUGGUAGCUAAUGUAGAAUUAGCUCACCGGACGAGUGACUGGUUCAACUCAAAGAUUGAUGGCAAAGCUACAUUAGCUACCAGUUUGUUUGGCUCUUUCGGCUCCCUUAAGAGGUCUUUCGCCUCCAGCUCAGUUACUUCCUAUUACGGGCUGAUGAGUGCUAAAAAGCACAAAACUGCAAUCCUCGGAUGGAAUAACUGAGCUGGUGGUGUAUUUUAUGUAUUUCUGCCUUAAUCCUGGCUUAGGGUGGUAACUUGUUGCAAAAAACAUUAGCUUCAUGUUGCAAAAACUUGUUUUUUAAUUCAAUAUAUUGCUUGGUUACAGGAUUUGGAGCAAAAUAUAAAUGUAUAGUUUUACUAUAAAAAAUUUUCAUAGAUUCUUGCCUCACAAUAAAAUUUGAAACAAGUUAUGUUGUUUCCAAAAGAAAUAUAGAUCCAAUAUUUUUAUUACUUGAAUAAUAAAUCUGCAAUCCAAAGAGUUAAUUCAGAACAUAUGCUAGUUAAUCUUACACUGUUUUAGACAUUUAUUUUGAUUUCCUUAAUUUAAAAGAAAGAAAAAAAAGCUUUAAGUUUGUAACUGCUAUAAAAAAACUCACAUGAGAAUCAAUUAUGUAUGGAUUGCUAAUUCCUAUCAUUUUAUCAGCAUAUGUAACUCUAGAUGCUAAAAUCAGAACGCUGCAACCAUUGAUCCUCAAUAUUCACCAAAUUUUCUAAUGUAAUCUACUUUAUGACAAAUUAUACAUGGACAUGCUUCUUGUACUUCUUCCCAUCAUUGCUUGUUUGCAUCAAAACACAUUUAAUUAAGAUGGAAAAUUUGAUCUGAACUACGUUUUUAGUACUGUAACAGUACAUUUUAUACACUUUUGAUACAGCAGGAAAAAAUAUCUUUAAAAGAACUUAAAAACUUCUGAAAAUAUAAAAUCAUGUUUUUAGUGCCCAUUUGGAAAAUUGUUUCAAUAAAAUAUUUUGUUAAAAAUUAAUCAAAUAAUUAAUCAUACAAAGCACAACAUAAAUUACUGAACAUGAAAGAAAAAAAAAGAAGAAGCUUGACUAAAUUUGAUCUUGAAUUGUUUAAAUCGUCCUAAGCAGUGGUCAACCCUGUUUGAAUUUUAAAGCUUCAAACUAUAAAUUAUUAGAUUGAGCAUGUUUUAUGUCCCAAAAAUGUCUUGAAUAGAAAAUUUAUUGUAUCUCAUUCUCCCCUCUCCCACCUGUUUUUAAAAUGCAUAUUGACUUAUUGACAUUGUAUGAAAUGUACUAGUCAAAUAUGAUUUUUGGAAUGGGAGAAAAUAAAAUAAAUUGAAAAAGAAUAUUAGCAAUUGCACAUUUUUUUGGAAACAUCUGUUCAGUGAUUUUGCUAUGUGUUUAUGAAACUAUUUCGAAUCAUUUGCCAAAAUGUCGUGCAGUUCGGUUGCCAGUUUUAAAUUAUACAAAAGUCAUGUUCAUGCGUCCGCCCACGCCUGAUGGCCCCGGAAAGGUGUUGGACAAUGCGCAGGGACAUUAAGGGAUGUAUUAUUUGCCUUUUGCAAGCAAAACUCUCCGGUUUGGUUGCCAAGUCGAUUUUUUGGGGCUAGCCCUUAAACUAUUAGCCAUGGGAUAAAAAUAAGUCAAGAGAAGCAGUUCUGAACUAGAAAUCUGAUAAUAAAAAAGCCGAUAUUCUUUAAAAAUAAAGUUUUCCCCCACAGUUAAUAAAUAAUAAAUGAAAUCUGCCCAAAAAUUUUUCCGCCUAAAUUUUAGCGCUUAGUGUUUUUAAAAGCUCAAUUAAUUGGUAGAUGCUUCAGAGAAGCCUGCCUAUAGCUUUUCUCACAAAAAAUGAAGAUAAUGCCAACUUGACCGUUUCAUUGCAGUACUAGAAGUGCGAGUACUGCAUUUGAGAUUACUUAAGAGGAACUAAAUCAUUUCUGAAAAGCUGGUUUUUGAUCUGGCUGUAUAAAUAACUGUUAAAAUAUUUUUUUGUUCUCUACAAAAUUGAAUGUUAUUCUGGAAAAAUGAGUUGUAUUUCCCUGAAAAAUUUAAUAUAUUUUUUCUUUUGAUAUAUUUUUUUAAUAUUUAUCACAAAAUUACAGUAUGGCUUUAGGUAUUUUAAUAGAAGAUUUAAUUUUAGGUAUUUCAAUAGAAGAGCUUUGCAUUACUUUUUAUAAAUAUUCUUCACUUGCACUGUAAUGGAAAAAUCUUUGUUAAAGAAAAUUUAUGAUGGGAUCAUUUGGGUAUUUUUUCAUGUCUGCAGUAUUAGUUUUAAAAGUUCAUGUGAAGUAUUUUUUAUAGCAAAAUAUAUAUAUAUAUAUAUUUAAAAAAUCUGAGAAAUUUAUAUACAUUUUGUAUUUUCUGCUAUUAUACAUAUAAAUGCUGAAUGGAGAAUAAUUUUUACAGUAUUGUGUUGGAAUUAGCUUAUUAUAAUCAAGUGUUCUAAAUGUUGUAAUAAGGAUUGUGAUGUAUUGUGAACAAAAUAAAUAUUGAUGUCUGUGAUGAUAUACAACUAAUAUGUUGUUUAUGACUUCUCAUGCCAAAUGUAAAUUGAAUUGUUUAAUUAGUUGUUAAUUACAAGUUUAUUUGAGAUGUUGCUGUUUUGCACAAAAUUAUUUUCAGUUUUGUGCAUUUUUGUGUUAGGCUCUAUAAUAUUUUUUAUUUCUCCAAAAUAAUUUAAUUAAACUUUUUUUGGUUUAAAGCUUUUUAAAUAAUGUUGAUUAAAAUAUUUUUAUGAUCGUUAUUUAAUAUUUAACAUUCUGUUACAAAGCAUUUAAAAAUCAAAACUUUUUUUUAGCUGUUGCUUAUUGUGUAAUGUAUUUA